UUUCCAAGAGGAAGUUAGAUCCCGAGUUGGAAUUAGGCAAUCAGCAGCCACAUUGCAGCUUCCAGCAUGGUUAAGAGCAUGAAAAGACAGGUAGUGGAGGAAAGCCACAAGUUGGACUGCCAAGUAAAUGGACCUUGCAGUGGUGAAUGCCAUGAGGGUACCAAAGUGUGGUGCUGUUGUCUGUGUCACUUGUACUACUCUUUCCAACACCUUAGUUCAGUCUGUGUGGGUAGGCACUUGGAUCUGUGUGGAAGGGCAUUACAGACAGAAAAAGCAGAUCCACUGGAUCAUUCAAGGGACUGAAGGAUAUAUGUAUAUUCUUCUCAAACAUCCCAUUGAAAUCAUUGCAGGUGUCAUCUUCUUCCAUUAGCCACAAAUCUGGGUUCCUGAUGCUGUAUAAAUUGAGCCCCUUGAGAAACCAAUCUGAGCAUCCAGCAUCCAGCAUCACAUUCUUUGAAGGUAAAGAUAUGAAUAAUAUUGAAGCAUGGAAACUGUUGUACAUGAAGCCAAGUAUGAGUGUCUGCUCUUUGAUAUGGAUGAUACCUUAUAUCCCUUGAGUUCUGGCCUCAACUUAGCUUGCCGCAAGAACAUAGAAGAUUACAUGCUUCAUCAUCUCCAAAUUGAGGAAAGUCAAGUCCCAAAAAUGUGCUUGGAAUUGUACAAGGAAUAUGGAACAACAAUGGCUGGUCUUAAGGCAUUAGGAUAUGAAUUCGACGACGACGAAUUCCAUGCUUAUGUUCAUGGGAGAUUGCCGUAUGAGAUACUAAAGCCUGACCCUUUGUUGAGGAAUCUACUUCUUUCGAUGCCACAAAGAAAGAUAAUUCUCACAAAUGCGGACAAAGCUCAUGCUGCACGAGUUCUAAGUAGGCUUGGCCUCGAAGACUGUUUCGAGGGUGUCACAUGCUUUGAGACACUCAAUCCACCGCCACAGCAGAAUGGUUCAGCUGAUGGUCAUGGAAAUUUUGGUGAGACUUAUUCAAACACCGAUGGAGAGAGUGAUUCAAGCGCUGAUACCGCUGGUUGUGUUGGUGGAAGGAAGUCGAAUUCCAAAGGCCGAAUACUCUGCAAACCAUCACUGGAAGCUAUAGAAGCUGCCAUCAAGAUCGCAAACAUCGAUCCGAAGAGAACGAUCUUUUUGGACGACAGCUCAAGAAACAUCGCGGCAGGAAAGGCAGCAGGUCUGCAUACUGUUCUUGUUGGGAGCCCAACGCUGGUACCAGGGGCUGAUGUUGCACUGGAGAGCAUCCACAACAUGAGAGAGGCAUUGCCUGAGAUAUGGAAGGAUGGAGAUAAGCUGGAACCAGUUCUUGCUGCCGCUGCAGUAGAAACGACAGUCCUUGCCUAGACCAUGACCACCAUCUUGACUUGUAUGAAGCAAAACCCACAGUUGUAGCACUUGUAUUGUUGAGAUCAUAAAAUGGUGGGCGUGCUUUGUUCCCUUGCA